CUGUAGUUGAAGGGCUGCGAGAAUGCGAAGAGGGAUGGAGUGACGCAGGUUGGGUGAAAGAGCCUCACCGUGUCAUGUUACAUCAACGUUAACGGCUGCCCUCUUCUACACUGUGAGCGACAUGACUGCAGUAUCAGAUGUAUUUCGGCUUGUCGCCCUCAUCGCGUCGCUCUGUCGGGCGCGUAGAGCAGCGGCGCAACCACAUCUUUUCCCUCAUCCACCGGACAGCGGAGCAAUCGAUGACCUCUCGAAGCCCGAUGGCGGCAAUGUGCUCACAGCCACAGCCAAGGGGCUCAUCGGCACGCCCGCCGUCAACAACAAAACAGGAGCCUCACUCUUCCAAUACGCCACCUUCCAGUGCGGUCCGCCAACAACAAUCCUCUGUGCAUGGCGUAUGAUUGCCUUGCGCUUAUGUCCGUGUUUGUCGCCUCACGUGUGUCCAGGCAAGGACCCAACUCUCGGGGCUGCCGACCUGGAAGCUGACAGGGCGCUCCUGCAGGGAUUCGGUGAGGACACCGCACCUGCACCUGCCUGCACCGAACACACACAGAGGCUGAAGGACACACACAUGGAAUGGCUGGUUGCGUGUGCAGGCAUGUUGGGGUGUGGGACUGAUUUCCCUCUGUACGAGGUAUACGCCGGGGCCCUCUUCAGUCAGUACUAUGGUGCGCUGAGCGACGGCAGGUACAAGACACACGUCAUCAAAAUGGCCUCUAUGAGCGGACGGGAGGCGUUCGAAGCCAUCAAGAGGAUAGACUUCUACAGCUUCCAAUGGAAAAGGGACCGCAAACGACACCGUGCUAAUGGGGAUGAGACGCACAGGGACAGAGCCCCUUACGCGGACCAAUGGCAAUUCGGUCGGUGGUGUUUCUCGCCCGAUGAGCAUAGGAGGCUUACAGUGUACGUGUGUCUGGGUGUCUGUCUGCAUGUCUGUAUGCUUGUCAGGUGUGUUGGCAGAGGAGUUGAGGAGCGUGUUGCCCGAGGUGGUGUUCGAGAGCAGUGUGGACAGGGGGGACGACAAGGCGCUGUACGUCAACCUGCCGGCCAUGCUCUACAAGACCAUGCACGCCACGCAGCACAUGGCACACGAGAUGGAGGCGCACGACAGCCGGGCGGACGACGCACAGGCAGCCAUAAGCGAGAUCAGGCAGGAGCUAGCCGAGCUGACAAGGGAUGUCAGAGAGAUGAAGGCGCUGGUGAGUGCCGCUGUGGCCGAUCGAUAUGAGCAGAGGGAGGGGCGGGCGGGAGGCGGCCAGGGGGAUGUUGGGCCGCCUCUAGUCGAUGCGCUUCAAGACUUGAUUCCCCGCAUGGGGAGGGACGACUGAUUAGAACGAAAUGUGACGUGAUCUCAUGCCUUUGUUGAUAGAGACCGGUAGGUGCCUUCUAUUUGUUUGUGUGCGUGUGGCUGACCAGAGUGUUGAAUCGACUGCUGUCUAUGUUCUUCUUCUCGGUGAAUCGCUCGUGUCACGUGGGCACACACACGGCGCACACGGGCGGUCAUCGAUUCACAGACAGACAGCCAGCCGGCCUGUCCGUCGAUCGAAGCAGUCGAUGGAACCGAAGCGAAGUGAGCGAGAGAGAGGCAGUGGGUGUGCUGUGUGUCAUAUUUCGAAUUCCUUCCUUGCUGCCGUUUGUUUUGUCCAUGCGG